CAGCGCUGAGCCCCAGCCCCGGCCCGCCAUCUGCGCACGGAGCGCAAGCCCCAGUGACCGCUCCUGCAGGGGCCGUUCUGAUUGGCUGAGUCUCCGCCACCUCGCGCGCGCACUGGCUGUGUGCGGGGUCCUGGCAACAGCGCGCCAACGGCUCUGUUCUCCGCGGCAGCCAUUCUCUGCUUCCCAGCCCCGGCCCGUAGCGGCCCGGGAGGCUCAGUCCUUGCUGCUCUGUGAACUUCCCUCUCUCCACGAAUCCUCAGGAGGACACCCACAGCCUCAGAGACGGAGAAUGGUUGAGGCAGCGUCUGGGGAUGGCUUUCUUGUUGGCAGAGGCCCAGGAUGGCUCAAGAGAUCACGUGGCCAAAGACGGGGCGUGCAGGAGACUAAUGCAGAGUGGGUUCUACACAGACCCCCUGGAGAUUACCACAUUACUCCUAUGAAUGGACUAAUAUUGAUGAUUCCUUGCAAAGUCUCACUUCUUAAUUUAAUUGGCAUUAAAUUUCCCCAUGAGUUUCAGAGGGGGAUAGACCAUGUAAUAAAGCACGACAGAGAUUCAAAGACAGAGAGUGAGGAAGCUCUUCUAUCUGCUGUUUCACUCUUCAAAUGCCUUCAACAGCAGUGGCUAGGCCAAGCUAAAGACAGAAGCCAAGAAGUCAAUCCAGGUCUCCUACAUGUGUGGCAGAUAUCCAAGUACUUGAGCCAUCACCUGCUGCCAGGGGAUAAUUCUACGGACUGCUUCAUGUUUCCAAAAGCAAAGAAAAUGAAUACACCUUCAGUAUUGGUGUCAUUUGAAGACCUGGCUGUGGACUUCACCCAUGAGGAGUGGCAGGACCUAGACAAUGCUCAGAGGACCCUAUAUAAGGAUGUGAUGCUGGAGACCUACACCAGCCUGCUAUCCUUGGGGCACUGCAUUAUCAAACCAGACUUGAUCUACAAAUUGGAGCAAGGAGCAGAGCCAUGGAUAGUGGAAAAACCCCUAAAACAGAGCCUCCCAGUUGUCCAGAAAAUGAGUGAUCUGAUUGAGUCCAACCAGGAAAGGCAAGACAUAAAUUUGGGACAAAUUGCAAUCAGAAAAAGCACAUCAACUCAGAAGAGACUCAAAUUAAGAAAAACAGUUCUUUUAAGCUCAAGCCAUAUUCCAAAACUAAUUACAAAAAAGAGAAAUUGUUCAGGAAGGAAAACUGAAGCAAGUAGUGCAUUUCAGAAUAUGCAUUUCACUAGUGCGCUGGAUGAGAUGCAAGUACAAGAGAAAUCUGAUGGCUGUAAUUCACCUGGGACAGCCCUCCCACCUUGGGAGCAACUUAGACAGCAUCACAAGAUUCAGACUGUGCAGAAGCCUUUUGAACAGAGUGGACAAUGGAAAGCCUGCAAUAGGAGGAUGCUGUUGUUUGCAUGUGAAAAGGCUUAUGGAGGAAAGACCUGUAGUAAUUUAACUGCCAUUGUAGGAAAAACCACUCAGAUAGAAAAUAAAGCUAUCCAUAAAAAUUCUAAUGUCACUGAACAACAGCAAUCACAUAUGGAAGAGAAACCAUAUGAAUCUGUUGAAGAAACUCUCACUUACAAGUCAGAUCUUAAAAUAAGUCAGAGGCCUCAAACAGGGAGAAGACCCUAUGAAUAUAAAUGCCACCAGGAAUCUUUCAAUUGUAAAUUAUGCCUUACCAUCCAUCACAGAACUCAAGUAGGGGAAAAAUCCUGUGAGUACAACAAAUGUGGAAAAGUCAGUUAUCAAAAGUCAGACUUAGUUAGGCAGAAGUUGGGCCUCAUUAAGCAUCAGAAAAUUCAUACAAGGGAGAAAACCUAUGAAUGUGAUGAAUGUGGGAAAGCCUUUCGCCUGAAGUCACACCUCAUUAGACAUCAGAGAAUACACACAGGGAGAAAACCUUAUGGGUGUGAUGAAUGUGGAAAAGCCUUUCGCCAGCAGCCACACCUCAUUACCCAUCAGAGAAUACACACAGGGGGGAAACCUUAUGAAUGUGAUGAAUGUGGAAAAGCCUUUCGUCAGACAUCAAACCUCAUUACCCAUCAGAGAAUACACACAGGGUGGAAACCUUACAAAUGUGAUGAGUGUGGAAAAGCCUUUCGUCAGAAGUCAAGUCUCAUCACACAUCAGAGAAUACACACAGGUGGGAAACCUUAUGAAUGUGAUGAGUGUGGAGAAGCAUUUCGUCAGAAGUCACAUCUCAUUACACAUCAGAGAAUGCACACAGGCGGAAAACGCUAUGAAUGUAAUGAUUGUGAAAAAACAUUUUCCCGGAAUUCAAGCCUCAUUAUACAUCAGAGGAUUCACACAGGGGAGAAACCUUAUGAAUGCAAUGAAUGUGAAAAAGCCUUUCACCGGAAGUCAGACCUCAUUACACAUCAGAGGAUUCACACAGGGGAGAAGCCUUAUGAAUGUAGUAAAUGUGGAAAAACCUUUUGUCAUAAAUCAUACUUCAUUAAACAUCAGAGGAUUCAUAUAGGGGAUAAACCUUAUGAAUGCAAUAAAUGUGGAAAAGCCUUUCAUCAGAAGUCAGACCUCAUUAAACAUCAGCGGAUUCACACAGGGGAGAAACCUUAUGAAUGUGUUAAAUGUGGAAAAGCCUUUCACCGGAAGUCAGACCUUGUUACACAUCACAGGAUUCAUACAGGGGAGAAGCCUUAUGAAUGUAAUACAUGUGGAAAAGCCUUUUGCCAUAGGUCAUACCUCAGUACACAUCAGAGGAUUCAUACAGGGGAAAAACCUUACGAAUGUAAUGAAUGUGGAAAAACAUUUUCCCAGAAGUCAAGCCUCAAUAGGCAUCAUAGAAUUCACACAUAUCAUGAAUGCAAUGAAUGUGAGAGAACCUUUGGGCAAAAGUUAGAUCUUAACAGACAUUACAAGACUCAUACAGAGAAAAAAAAAUACCUAUCAACAUAAUGAAUGUGAAAACUUGUUUUGCUAGAACUCUGACUUCAGCACAAAUCAAAGACCUCACAGAUGACAAAGCAUGUGUAUGUGGACAAACUUUCUACCAUAAAUCUCUCACUGACUGACUAUUAAAGAAUUCAAAAAGAAAGACCUUAUAAAUGUAAUGGAAGUGGAAACACCUUUAACUAUAAAUGCAAGCUUCAACAAGCAUCAACAAAAUUUUACUGAUAACAUAGGGUAUGUGGGAAAAUCCUUUCUGGAAGUCCCACAUCAGAAGGGUUUAGGGAAUUCACAUGAGGGGGUAAUCCUGUAUGACAGAGAUGGGCUGUUUUGUUUAUUUUCUUCUCUCUGAUACACAGUCUGCAUUUUUUCUCUACCUUUUUUGUAAGGCAACUAAAGUAAAUGAAUUCUGCUUUCACAUGUGAAUUUUGUUAACAAAUAUUCAGUCUAUAAUCUGAAAUACCAUCUGUAUCACUAAUAAAGUUAUUGUUUG